UUUUUAGCAUCAAACUCGUACUCGUAGAAUUUGAAACUUUUGGCUUACAUUUGAAUUCACCAUAUGUGACUGGUCAAAGGUCAAAAAUAGGUGUUAGCCUCAUAUUUUUACUCCACUAUUUAACAAUUUUAGAGUCCAAAAUGAGAUUAAUGACCCAUAAUUGCUUUGGACCGUGAUGAUAAGGUAGUCAUCUAAUAAAGUUCUCAAGGUCAAGGAUUGAAGAGCUCUUGGUGAUAUUCAGUCACGGGGAUAUAUAAUACGUAGCAAACACCAUAAACAGGCCUAGGCCCAAUUCAACUUGACGGUUCAGCGCCAAAAUGAGUCAAAUAUGAACCGUUGAGAAUUCAAAUUCGAACAUAAUUAAAUAUUUCUCUCAUGUCAAUUGUCAUCCUUUACAAUUUAGAAUCAAUCCCUAACUCUUAGAACCAAAAGCCGCCAUGAAAACUGUGCGUGUUUCUCCGCAACCAGUGAAUAAAAUCAAUCCCAUUUCCAUGGAACACAACAAUCGAUCCCAGUUCAGAGAUGAGAGAGAAACAAAUUACUUCCCUGGGUGCCGCAAAGACGCCAAUUGCAAUUGCAAAAUGUGUUUAGAAAGCAUAACAGCUACUUUAGAUCUUAUGCCUAUGAGUGUUCAAAGAAGCUCUCUUACUAAGCUUUCGGCAUGUAAACCUACAGUCGAGAUAACCCCUCUCUCAAUUGAUCCAACUCUUCUGUCUACUCCCACAUCAAAGAUUCCUCCUGUCGUUGAGACUGCAUCUUCAAAAACCGUUCUUCGAUCCACUGCGACAACAAGGAAUUUCAAAAAGGUCGAGUUAAAGAAGGGAAAAAUCGGGAUGAAAUUGAAGGUUUUCAAGUGGGUUUUGUUGUUAGGGUUGAUUAUUGGAUUUGAAUUCGGGUUUUCUUGGGGAGUUCCUCGGGUUUUACAGCCCGAAUUGUCAGGGGAGAUGGUCAGAGAUGUGGUUAACAAUUCUUCUAGUUUUGAGAAAUUGAAUGUAAGGUUGAUCUCAAUUCGGAAAGAGUUAAUUGGUUUUGUCGCUGGAAAGGUUUGUUGCUGUAAUCUUGACAAUUCAACCUGGAGAAUCAAUCAGGAUGGGCUGAUGUUAAUCUCUUACUGCAUAUUAUACCAAUCAGCAGCGGAGGAAGUAGUCAUUAGAGGGUGGCCUCUGGAGACUGCAGGUCUCUUUACAGCGGAGUUUUCAUCGCGAUCCUUCACUCUGUUGUCUGGUAGAAUCACAGAGUGGCCUGAAGGACAAAUGAGCAGUGUGAUUCGAGAGGUGAGCAGCACAUGGAUGAUCAGAAAAUGGAGUGCUUCAGUGAUGCGAUUUGAACCAAACACUUGGUUAAUCGAGUACAGAAGAAACUGUCUGUUGGAGAAUCAUAAUGGUUUGGUGCUUGCAGUUGAGUUCAUCUUCUUUAGAAUUUCAAAAUUGGUGCAAAUAGUGAAACGAAAGUUUUGGUAUUUGUCUGAGUUGAGAUACUAUACUUCUUCAACUUCAAAAGCUACUGGUUUUAGUGUCCCUACUUGAAUGAGUAUGCAGCCUUGUACUUUUUGUACAUCUCUUAUCAUAGGUAGAUUACUCUUCAACUGUGUAUACUUGAAUUUGUCAAGAUAGGUACUUAGGUAGAAGUAUAUCUAUUGUAUUACCAACCAUCCAAUUCUUUCACUUUGUUUUUGCUUAUAAAUUGCCAUUUCUGUGAGUAUUCCUCUCUCGUUCUAGGGUGUUCUAGAAGCAUCUAGAACGCUCAUGAAGGUUCUAAAAUGUGUUAAAAACACCUAGUACAUUCAUGAAGUACUAGAGUAUGCUAGAAAAUACUAGCGUACUCAAGAAAGGGUUAAAUGGUGCUAGAAGGUUGUGGCACUAUUUUAUAAAUACUAGAACAUACUAGAGUAAUGUAAAAUAGUGUGGUGUGUACUAGAGUGUUCUGGGCAUGUCCAGAACCUUAUGGGUCUUUCUACACAUGUGUAUAAUUCAGGACAGUAGUGUAGAAGAUUCUAAGGAACUCCAGGUUAGGAGCAUUCCAGAAUGGCCCCAAGGUCAGGGGGCUUGCCUAUAAAUAGGCACUUAGGUUCAUAUUGGCAUCUAAGUUUCAACAAGUUUCAAAAGCUCUUGUAAAGCAUCUAACUUUUUUGUAAAAGCAUUCUCUUACUAAUACAAAGCCUUUUCUCACACAAAUACUCUUUUACUAAGUCUUUCCUUAGCAAGUCUAACUAAGCUCAUCGACUUGCAUACUUAAAGGGUCAAGUUUGAGGCUGAGCUAGUGCAAUUGUUAGUCAUUGAUACUAGUGCCGCACGGUUUUCACUGGGUAAAUAAGUAGCCUCGUGACACUUGAAUAGGCAUGGAAUUCUUCUUAUGAUAAGUAUUAUUCAUGGCUGAAUUAUUAUAUAUGAUUAGAAUUAAUAAUGAAGCAUUAUAUAUAGCGUUUGAUCGAAGAAGUAAUUAAGAGAAAUAUAAAAAGUAAUCAGUUAAUUAUUUGCUCUAAAUAAAUCUCACUAUAUGUCUUCUCUCUAACCGAAGAACUUGCAAUAUAUAAUCUUUUAAAUCUAUUAAACCGUUAGA